CCAUAAUCCAGUGUUAACGGUGCAGCUUCCUCUGCUCAGAUCGGUGCAGAGGGCUCGUCCUCCAGCUAACAGCGGAUACCAUGGCGUCAACCGAGAUAGCGAGGCAGGCUGGUGAAGGUGCUCGGGCUGUGCCUCUGGCAGGCCAUGUUGGUUUUGACAGUAUGCCUGACCAGCUGGUCAACAAGUCUGUCAACCACGGCUUCUGCUUCAACAUCCUCUGUGUUGGUGAGACGGGUCUGGGCAAGUCCACUCUGAUGGACACACUGUUCAACACCAAGUUCGAGGGCGAGCCCACCCAGCACAACCAGCCGGGAGUAACGCUGAAGUCCAACACGUACGAACUCCAGGAGAGUAAUGUGCGCCUCAAACUCACUGUUGUCAACACGGUGGGAUUUGGAGACCAGAUUAAUAAGGAACAAAGCUACAAAUCCAUAGUGGAGUUCAUUGACGCCCAGUUUGAAGCAUACCUGCAGGAGGAGUUGAAAAUCAAGCGCACCCUACACAGUUACCAUGACACCCGUAUUCAUGCAUGCCUGUAUUUCAUCGCUCCAACUGGACACUCCCUCAAAUCCCUGGACCUGGUGACCAUGAAAAAACUCGAUAGCAAGGUCAAUAUCAUCCCAAUCAUUGCCAAGUCAGACGCUAUCUCCAAGAGCGAACUGGCCAAGUUCAAAAUCAAAAUAACCAGUGAGCUGGUCAGCAACGGAGUCCAGAUCUACCAGUUCCCCACCGAUGAUGAAUCUGUGGCAGAGAUCAACUCCACAAUGAACAGCCAUUUGCCUUUCGCAGUGGUGGGGAGCACAGAGGAAGUGAAGAUUGGGAAUAAGAUGGUGAAGGCCCGGCAGUACCCCUGGGGGACAGUGCAGGUGGAGAACGAGAACCAUUGCGAUUUUGUAAAACUAAGAGAAAUGCUCAUCCGAGUGAACAUGGAGGACUUGCGAGAACAGACCCAUACACGGCACUAUGAGCUCUACCGCCGUUGCAAACUUGAGGAAAUGGGCUUUAAGGAUACCGAUCCGGACAGCAAGCCCUUCAGUCUGCAGGAGACGUAUGAGGCAAAGCGGAACGAGUUCAUGGGCGAACUGCAGAAGAAGGAAGAAGAAAUGAGGCAAAUGUUUGUCCAAAGAGUUAAAGAGAAGGAGGCCGAACUCAAAGAAGCAGAGAAGGAGCUGCACGAGAAGUUUGAUCGUUUGAAGAAGCUCCACCAGGACGAGAAAAAGAAACUGGAGGACAAGAAGAAGUCUCUGGAUGAUGAAACCAACACAUUCAAACAGAAAAAGACUGCUGCAGAGCUUUUGCAGAGCCAAGCCCAGCAGGCAGGGGGUUCCACCACGCUCAAGAGAGACAAAGAGAGGAAAAAUUAACUCCUCCCACACUUGAUGCAUGCUGCAUGAGGCAACUUUUCUGCUAAGGAUUCCAUAGAAAAAGUGCUCCCUUGUGGCCACCCUGCUGUGAAUGAGUUUCCAUCCCCAUCAUCCUUUACAGUACCUCUUCCUCACCCCAUACCUAAAUCCCAUAAUUCCACCAUCCUCAAGCCCCUCCCCCUGCUCUUUGGAAGAUGCUGGGCAUUUCUAUCAGUUUGAUGUCAUUUUUUUGUGUUGAAUGAUGCUUGUAUGUUUUCUGGGUUAUACAAGCAAUCAUUUAGCGUGUGUCCUUUUUUUAAAUGCAAAUUUACAACAUACAUUCCUUAUUUGUUUUUAUACUCAGUGACUCUUUGCAUGUUAUAAUCCUUUUUUUGUUUUUUCAAACAUUAACAUACAUGACUACUGAUGUGAUGGGCAGAAAUGUGUUGAGGCUAAAGAGAAACAGGCAUUGAAUAGUGGGACCAAAAUAGAGUAUAGAGGCUGGGAAGGACCAAAGAGAGGAUAUUGAAAGGUGAAUUUUUAAUAGUUAAUCAAUGAAUACAUUCCUUUUCCAUUUUAUGUACAAUAAGAGCAUAUUUUAACGUGGAGAAUACAUUAUAAUAGAGAACAAAUUGUGCAACUCCCGUGCUGGAGACUUUUACAGAAACAGAGUUGUGUGCAGUUCUGUGAGUAGUCAGUGGCCACUAUUACGUGGAUCAUGCUGGCUAUGUGAACGGUGCUGGUGUGUCCCCUGCACUACACAGCAGUCACGGCUGAGCCAGUUUGUAUAACAAUGCCAAGCUGAUUGCUGCUAUAAAGACCCAAGUAAAUAUUCCUCUGACGAAACAAUAACACGGUUUAAAAGUAUUUGAAAUAGUAUUUACUUGAACAUCUGAACUUUUUAGGUGGCGGCAGGGGUUGGCUUAGCUCAUCCAUGAGGAAUCUUGAGAAUAUACCGACCUUGUGUCCACAUGCACAUUUUUUUCACCUUUAGUCGUAGCUGGACUAAAUCAUUUAAUGCUGCUGCUGCUGCUUUAGUCCACAUCUGUACGCAGAGGAAGAGGAGAAUCAAUUUAAUGUCUGAAAAGCUUCCAACUCUGUCACAGUAGGUGGCGCUAUAACCCCUUUUAACUUGUAUUGGCCUUUUUUGGGGGUUGAUCUGUAAAACCUCAUACAUAAACAACUGACAGUUGGCAGUAGAUUGGUACCAUGUGAAGCUGCAAAGUACAGCUCUGUACACUUCUUGUGUGCUGUAGUCUUCACUGCACUUCUGAAUGAGAUGCACAAUUUUCUCUGGUUGUAAGAAUUUUAUUCUUAUGUAUAUCAGCUUCUUCUGGUAGGGCUGGAGCCAGUUUGAUAUCUUAUAUAGUUUGAUAAUGAACAUGAUGGAGUAAUUCAUAUCUCUACAGUAUUUUUUGGGUGUGCUUGUGAAAUUUGAUGAGGUUUGGUUUCAGUCAGCAUUUUAAAAGUUCAGUUUUAGUUGGAUUAACACAUAAUUUGACACUUUUGCUGUGUAACAUCAUAGAAAUGCACCGACUACCAACCCAUAAUUACUUCACACAACAUGGAAAAAAACGAAUAUCAAAUUUAAAAACAGAAAAAUAGGCAUGACCACGUUAAAAUUGUAGAUUUAUAUUUAAUCUUAUCGCAAGAUAUGACGAGUAGAUAUAAGUCCAGAUACUGAUGCUGUUUCACUUUAGCCUGAUGCAUGAGUAUAUGUGAGCCUAAUCUCUUUGCCACUUCUCCCAUACCUCAUUCAUUGUCAUGUGUUAUGUGCAUACUUGUAUUAGCUUUCACAUUUGCACUUUUUUUUUAAAUACCCAAAUGUGAUGUUUUUCCUGAGUAUAAUAAUGUUAUCAGUGCAAUUGUAACUUUCUUUUUUGUACUUAUGAGGGCACAUCUAAUAGUCACAUCAGUAAAAUGUCAACUUGUUUUGCAGGAACCAGUCUUGUUUGUAUCAGUUUUGACCAUAAGACAUAAUUCUUUAAAAAAAAAAAGAUCUAAACAUAAAAUAAAGGCAAUUUUUUUUCACGAAACAAUGCAGCUGUGGCCAAAAUCAUUGCGUACAACAAAUACUUCUGUAAAUUAAUGAUAGUUUAAUGGACCAAUGGAAACCCUCAAGUUUUCAAAGCAUUUUAAAAGAUUGUUUGAGUCAUAUUGAUAAACAUGCCAUUUGUCAUCCUGGUUGUGUGUCAGUUCACUGAACUCCACAUCAUCGUAGCAUAAUCAUUUCCUGAUGCUCAGGACUGUCACGCAUGUGUUGAUGUUUUGUUCUUUCACCGCCUUUAAGUUCAAGUUUAUUAAAAUGUCUUGGACUUUAAUCCCUUGAUUCCGUGACAACUGAGUCAAAAUAGAGCAAUAGAAGAGGCUUUCACAUCCUCCAAUCCUCUGCUCACUGGUAUGUGUGGUCUCGCUUUCCUUUGCAGUAAUCCCUGGCUCUGCACUGAGUAGGUCCAGAGCUCCUCAAACUUUGCUGAGGGACCAGCCCUUUGUGGGUACUCAGUACCUCAAAUGUGACCAGAGGCUUUGUGGACCCCAUCCUUAAGGGUUUCUUAAUGAUUAUUUGCUUGGCUAUAAUGUGGGUUAAUAUGUGUGUGUGUGUGCUUCACUGCUGCUUCAGCCUUGGACUCCAGCGAUCUAAUUCUUGAUAUGUUGCAUUUGCUUACGUGCACUGCUGAAUGUUGCUGUGACUAACACCAUUUCCACUUCAGCUGCGGCAGAGUUUACAUGAGCACGGUUUCAUUCAAUGCCAUAGAUUAAUAGCAUUCAUGUGAACCAAAAUGCUCCACGGGCAAGAUGGUUGUUUAACUAUAAACCACCAUUCAGGAAUUUUUGAGUAGGCAUCAUAUAAACACAGGAAUAUGUAUGUAUUUUGUCUUAAAGUUAAGCAUCUACCAGCUUAACUUUUUAUACAUGUCAGUCCCAAAUAGUUUCUCUCCUUUAAAUUAACUUCAGAGUUCUUUUUUUAAAAUGUUUUUUCACGCUUCUCUAACGGCUGCUUAUGUUUCUCUUUGUCUCUUUAGCUUCUUUUAAUCUGUCUUGCCCACCUGAAGAGGGGAUUGCAGCUUCAGCAAGAACUAAGCACCCUUUACCUCUCCCAGUUUUUUUCUCGCUGUCUCAACCUUUUAUUCUUGCCAUCGCAUCUUGUUUUUGUUGAAUAUGGCCUUAUGUGGACUCACAUGGUAUUGCUGACUCCCCCAAUGAAGCCCUACACCCUGGCAGGUCGGGAAUCAGGUGCAGGUUAGAUCUACUGUCAUGUCUUAAUGUACAUAGAGAGACUUGUAGUUAAAUAGGUUGGCAGGAGGAGUUCACACGCUUACAGGACUUGCGGGUAAAAAAAAAAAAAAAGGAAAGAAAAACAUUUUUUGAUCUUUAUUUGAAAGAAAACUGCUAAUCUGCACUAUGCACUCAUCAUUUAAAAUGAUUUUACAUACAAAUGUACAUUAGAAUAAUCAUUAAA